CCCAAUUUAAUCAGUCUGAUAUUGUUCUUAAAAGCGUUAAAAAUGGCUAAUAAAAAAGAGAGUGGUAAAAAAUUGGAAGAAAUUAAAAAGAAGGUUGCUCCAAUUAUAGACUCAGUGUCUGCUUCUACCAAAAUGUUAUCUGAUUUUAAAGGAAAAGCAAAGACUUUAGCGGCUGAUAUAAUCGACAAGGAAGACGAGCUUCUUAUCAAUAAAUUGACUAAUAUUUACAAUAACUCCACAUUAGAUAUCAAUCGCAUGGUUAUACGUCUGGUUGAUAAAAAUCAUAAUGAAUUAUGCGAGAACAUUAAAAUAGUGUUCAACGAAGCCCACCAAAAUGCUGCUAUUCUAGAGUCUUACAAAGCGCUAAAGAAGGAAUUAGCAGAUAUGUAUGACGCAGCACUCACAACAAAAGACGCUAAAGAAAAACUUGUGUUGAAACUUGAAACUGAUGUUAAUGAGACUCGUCAAUAUUAUAAAACCAAACUGGAUAACUUACAAGAACAGAUUAAAAUAUCUGAAGAAAAACUAUUUAUAAAAGAAGAAUAUGACAAUUCACUAAAAGGGCGUCAGACAUUAAAGGAUGCUAAUGGAGAAAUUCGACAGACAAAUUUAGAAUAUGAAGUUAAAAUUAAAGAAAUUAAAAGCAAGAUCGCAAAAUAUAAAAAAAUUGCUGAAUUAAAAAAUAUUAAAUAUGAGUAAGAAUGAAAGUAGUUCUUAACAAAAAAAUAAUAUUCAAUUUUUAGGAUUGCUGCGGAACAAGAGAGAGUCUCAGUUAUUGCACGUUCUCUUGAAGACAAAAGAAUUACUAAAAACGAAACUCAACAAGAAUUAAAUAUAAUAGAACAGAAAAAAGCCAAAAUACUACACGACAUUUCUGAAGCAAAAAAUCAGAUUGAUAAAUUAGAUACAGAUUAUUUUAGAAAUCAUGAAACUUUGCGAUUGGAAUGCCUUAUGAAGUCAAACACUUUAACUCAAAUGGAUGAGUAUUUAUCGGAUAAAUCGAAGUUGUCCGAAUUACAAACAGAACACGAUUUAAUGGAGUCAAAAAUCAGAAUGGUUAAAGAAGAUAUUACCAAUUACCAAAGCCAAAUCAGUGAAAUUUCUCAGCAGACAUCAGAAAGGAAACAAUUAACUGAUUCUGUUAAGGGAGAAAGUACAAACUUAUUGUCCCAACUGUCUGAUCUGAAACAAACUAUUUCUGAUCAGCAGAUUAAGAUAAAUGAAUUAAAUACCACACUUUCCGAUGCUAAUUCCACAAAACAUACAAUUAUAGAUGAGUUACAGGCAGAAUUGAAUGCCUUAAUUAAAACGUUCAGCGAUACGUACGACUCAAAGCGUAAACAAUUUGAAGAAAUUCAAUCCCACAAUAGAAAGAAAGAAGGAGAAAUUAAGAAAAAGCAUGAAGAAAUAAUAAAAGUGUCACUCGAAUUAGAAGAGCUUAACGUUUAUAAUGAGAAGGCUACUAAGAAUGAUACGAUGAUGAAGUCAAAAAUUAAAAUGCUGGAGAAAAUGUAUGUUGACACCAGGCGGAAGGGCAGGAGGACAUAAAUGCUCUUAACAUUAACAGAAAUAGAAGAAAUAGAUUACAUAAGACAUGAAAACUCAUUUACAUUAAUACAAAAGUUGAUAGUUUCAGAAACACAGUUGUUGCUCUAUAAACUUUUGUUGGUUUUUU